AUGACAAUAGUUUUGGAACUAUUUUCAUUCGACACAUAUUUGUACGCCCCACGUUUUAUUUUCCCGCCAAGCUUCGAAGACAAGACGACAUUCUCAGACUCAGAUUUGUCAACGUAUCGUUCGAGGUUUCUCAACGGAAAGAUGUUCAGCAUCAAGAAACUGAAGGCUUCAAAGCCGAAGCCGUAUUCCAACCCACUUAAAGUAAAAGUGAUUGGGGUCGGUGAUAAGUCGACGUACACAACAGCCGAUGGAGAAUGCGUGGUUCUAUCGAACUACGUAUACAGAGCGGACCCUCAUCCAACAAUAGUGGUCACUGCAGUGACCAGAGUCAUGAAAACCUCAGCCUUUGCGGUUCCAGAAGAUGUCAAAUUAACAGCAAAGGCAAUUGCAAAUCCUGCCCCAGCCAAAAUCAUAACGAUCCACGAUGCCAAAAAGAGCCCUAUCAAAUCCUUGGAGGAAAUAAUUCGAACAGUACAAAUAAGAGGAACAGAUGUCCAGGUACGGAAUGUAAGGGUAAAGGAUGGAACCGAGGAAGUAAAGGUUGCAUUAUGGCGUGACCAAGUCGAUGGGUGCAAAGUUGGAGAAUUCUUAGAAUUCUCUAAUUUGGUGACCAACUCGUACAUGGAUGAUGUUUCCUUGUCAACAACACAAAGAACAAAAAUACAGCCAUGUGAUGCUCCCCCCUCAAUGCUAACAGGAACAGUCAUUGCCUAUGAAAAAUCUGAAUUUGGAUUUUCCAUUAUGGUGGAAGACGGAGACACAUUUCAGACAGUUGGUAUCCCCAUAAAUAUGGUCCGUGACGCUCUCGAAUGUGAUGAGUAUAGUGUUGAAGACACUCUAUCCAUUAGAAUACCAUUCAGUGUGGCAGUGGGAACCACAAACGGAAUUGUCUCUUCAUUUGCUUUAGUGUGAACUUUUUAUGCACUGUUGGUGAUUGCCAUCCUGACCAUAUUUUGGGUUUUUUGCUUUAUGAUUAUGCUUUUUCAUGUAUAUUCAGUACUUUGCUGUAUACUGUUAAUUAAGAUCUGAACUCAGAUAAAUGUUAUGUUUGAAUACUUUUCUGUAUUUGGAAUGCACGUUGUGCAUUUUGAAAUGUUGGAGAAUUUUAUCACUUAUUUAAACUGCUUGUUUUUUAAAUUUUUGUUGUCACUGGAUAUAUGAUAGAGAAUAUUUUGCCUUUUGACAUUCUGUAGUUUAUUGCUUAUAAUUAAGCACUUCAUUGUUACAGUCUGUAUGACUUAUCUGUUUUAAGUCAAGUGCAAUAUGAACACAUCAUUCACUGUAUGUUCUGACACAUUCCCAACAGCGUUUUACUCCUGGUUCAUUUAUUUUUCAAAAUUUAAAUGCACAUUCUGUUUCUUUUCCAUUAUUAUAAUCUACAAUUUUGCUGGACAAAUUUUUCAUCUAAAAAAAAUAAUUUGCUGCUCUAUAAUGUAAAACACCAUGCAUGCAUCCACAAUUUUGUUUGAUGUAAAUAUUUUAGUGCUUUUAUUUUUUUUUCAAAUAUUGGUAAAUAAGUCUUGUUUAUUUGCUCUUCUCUAUGAAGUUUCUUUUUAUACAUUUGUAUUUUAAUACAUUUUGAUCAGGUGAUCUGUUAAUAAGUGCUCUUCAAUUUUCAAAGGCUUCAUUUUGUAUUGGGACACAAACAACAAAAACCUAAUGCUUUGUUUAGUAUGUACAUGUAUUAAAAUCAGAGCACCACUAAGCCAUGUGUUAGAGGUCCUCAACAUUUACCAAUAUACACUAUUGUCACUAUUUUCAGCAUUCCUGAAAUUUCUGUUAUGAUUCUCUAUUUUUCCAAUCAUGUUGCUUUAACUGGACAUACUUAAACAGAUAACUAGU